CCGGCCGCCAUGGGUCGCCGCCCCGCUCGCUGUUACCGUUACUGUAAGAACAAGCCAUACCCGAAGUCUCGCUUCUGCCGAGGGGUCCCGAAUGCGAAGAUUCACAUCUUUGACCUGGGUCGGAAGAAGGCCAAAGUGGACGAGUUCCCGCUGUGCGCUCACAUGGUGUCGGGCGAAUACGAGCAGCUCUCGUCGGAAGCCCUGGAGGCCGCCCGCAUUUGCGCCAACAAGUACAUGGUGAAGACGUGCGGCAAAGAUGGCUUCCACAUCCGGGUCCGCCUCCAUCCCUUCCACGUCAUCCGCAUCAACAAGAUGCUGUCGUGUGCGGGAGCCGAUAGGCUGCAGACGGGGAUGCGAGGCGCCUUUGGGAAGCCCCAGGGUACUGUGGCCAGGGUUCACAUCGGCCAGGUCAUCAUGUCCAUCCGCACCAAGGCGCUGAACAAGAAGCAUGCGAUCGAAGCGCUGCGCAGGGCCAAAUUCAAGUUCCCAGGACGCCAGAAAAUCCACAUCUCCAAGAAGUGGGGCUUCACCAAAUAUAAUGCUGAUGACUUUGAAGAACAGUUGGCCGUGAAGCGCCUCCUCCCUGACGGUUGUGGAGUCAAGUAUGUCCCCAGUCGUGGCCCUUUGGACAAGUGGCGGGCACUGUGCUCUUGAAGGCUGCCCUGGACCACGCUUCCCAGUACACUGAGUGUGACUUAAGCUUGACAAAUUCUGUUC